AUAUACAAACGGCCAAAGCUCUCUCUUCAGAGCUUUUCACAAAUGGAGACUACAACAGUACUUCCCUCAACCUUCGGUCUCAAUGCCUUCUCAUCUUCAUCAAAUCUACGACAACGGACCUCAGCCGCGAAGCAUCGACUCACUUCGGUCAAAUCCGUAACAUCUACUACUCCUCAUCCUUCUAGGGGUGUUGGACGGAGACGGAAGAAUAAUGAUGAAAACGGAGCCACGGUGGCGAAUGUGGUCGAGAACCCGUAUUCGAAAGUGGAGGCAGCGCGUCCUGAUUUGAGGAAGAGCUUGUCGGAUUUUUUGGAGGAAGCGAGAGAUUUCGUGGGAGAUGGAGGAGGUCCACCUCGGUGGUUCUCUCCGUUGGAGUGUGGCGCUCAAGCUCGAGGCUCUCCUCUCCUCCUCUUUUUACCUGGGAUCGAUGGUACUGGACUAGGGCUCAUUCGCCAUCACAAGAAACUUGGGGCGAUUUUUGAUAUAUGGUGCCUUCACAUUCCAGUCAGCGAUCGUACUCCUGUUAAAGAGUUGGUGAAGCUUAUUGAGAAGACUGUUAAGUCGGAGCACUAUCGUUUCCCAAAUAGACCAAUAUAUUUAGUUGGAGAAUCUAUUGGAGCAUGUCUUGCUUUAGAUGUUGCAGCCAGGAAUCCUGAUAUUGAUCUUUCUCUGAUCUUGGUUAAUCCAGCCACACAUGUCAACAACUUCAUAUCGCAACCUCUAUCCGGAAUGCUGAAUGUUUUAUCAGAUGGUAUUCCAACACUAUUGGAAGAUAUCUUCGGUGUUAAGCAAGGCGAUCCGCUGACUGGAAUGUUAGACGCUUUGUCAAAUGAAUUUUCUAGCCAGCGAAUGGGCGGAGGAGGUGGAGGGAUGCUAAGAGACCUCCUUGCUGUUUCAGCUAAUCUUCCUACUCUGAGUAGGAUGUUUCCUAAGGACACACUGCUUUGGAAGCUGGAAAUGCUAAAGUCUGCUAUUGCUUCUGUGAAUUCUCACAUAUAUUCAGUCAGAGCGGGAACACUCAUACUUCUGAGUGGACGCGAUCAAUGGCUACUGAACGAGGAAGACAUUGACAGAUACUCGCGCACGUUGCCAAAAUGUAUAGUCCGUAAGCUUGAUGACAAUGGACAGUUUCCCCUUUUGGAGGACGGCGUAGAUCUGGCUAAUAUCAUCAAGUGUACUUGUUUUUAUCGCCGUGGGAAGGCUCAUGAUCACAUUUCGGAUUACCUUAUGCCUACCACAUAUGAGUUAAAACAACAAAUAGACAAUGACCGAUUGCUAGUGGAUGGUACUUCCCCUGUAAUGCUGUCAACUCUAGAAGACGGCACAAUUGUACGGAGCCUCGAAGGAUUACCUUUAGAGGGACCUGUUCUGUACGUUGGCUAUCACAUGCUAUUGGGACUUGACCUGGUUCCAAUGGUAUCUCAAAUCCUAAAAGAGAGGAACAUUCACCUGCGGGGUUUGGCACAUCCAAUGUUUUUUAAGAAUCUCAAAGACUCAAUAGUCGACACAAAGAUGUUUGACAAAUAUAAGAUAAUGGGUGGAGUUCCGGUCUCUAAUUUCAGUAUCUACAAACUACUGCGUGAAAAGGCUCAUGUGCUUUUGUAUCCUGGAGGUGUCCGUGAAGCAUUGCAUAGAAAGGGUGAAGAAUACAAGCUGUUUUGGCCAGAACAAUCCGAGUUUGUGAGAGUUGCAUCUAAAUUUGGAGCGAAAAUCGUUCCUUUUGGUGUUGUUGGAGUAGACGACAUCUGCGAAAUUGUCCUGGAUUCCAAUGAUCAAAGGAAAAUCCCUAUCUUGAAGGAUUUAGUGGAAUGGGCAACAAGGGAAGCUGGCAACAUAAGGGAAGGCGACGAGAGCGAACUGGGAAACCAAGAUAUCUAUAUCCCAGGAGUUGUACCUAAGAUUCCAGGGCGGUUCUACUAUUACUUUGGCAAACCAAUAGAAACAGCAGGUAAGGAGAAAGAGCUGAAAGACAAAGAGAAGGCACAAGAGCUUUACUUGCAAGUAAAGUCUGAGGUCGAACAAUGCGUUGCCUAUUUAAAAGUAAAAAGAGAGAGUGAUCCUUACAGACACUUGUUGCCAAGGAUGUUGUAUCAAGCCUCACAUGGUUGGUCUUCUGAAAUUCCAACUUUUGAUCUCUAAAUUCUCUCUUUCAUUAUCUUAAGUAUACUGUGGCUAGAUAUGUUGUACAUAUCUAAUCAUGAUGUUUAGAGGUUCUAAGAUUAUGUAGAGGUCUAAGAUCGUUACUGGAUCAUGCAAAAUUAGACAAAAUAUUUUAAACCGAAUGUGGCUGUACUUGUACAUGAAUCUAUCAAUAAAGGUUUUCUGAAAUG